GUUCUAAUAUAUUGACAUGAAUGAUACACCUUCUAAAUAUUAUACAAACGAGAUGAUCUGUUUUAUUACAUGCAUUUUAUCGGCCCUAAUUUAUACUGUUCAUGCUUUUUUGCCUUAGGCGACUAUACCAACCAUUCCAGCUGGCAGUACCUACAAGAAGACUGUGGGAGAUCCAGGUACGAUAAGAUAUCGUCGCGAAUCAUUAAAGGGGACCAAGCCAGGUUAGGGGAGUUUCCCUGGAUGGCUAGACUGGGAAGAUACAAUCGACGGGGCAACCUGGUUUUUUUCUGCGGAGCGGUUCUGAUUAACCGAUUUUACGUCAUUUCGGCGGCACAUUGCGAAGAAAGAGUUGAUAUAGUCAGAUUGGGGGAACACGACGCAAAUAGUGCCAUCGAUUGCGCGACGCCUAGGGAUUGUGCUCCGCCACAUCAAGAUUUCAAAGUGAAAGGAUAUUAUUUCGAGGAUUAUUGUCGCGUCAUAAAUACUAACGAUGUAAUGGUAUUGGAGUUAGCAAAGCCGGUAAUAUUUAACGCAUUUGUCCAGCCAGUGUGUAUUCCACGACAGCCAAUGAAUCAUGAAGACCUUGCAGGCGAAUAUCUUACGCUAGCAGGUUGGGGCAGUAAAAGUGGGGAGGAGACAAUAAGGAGUAGAUAUCUGAAAUAUAUUGUUCUUGAGGUGCUAAAUCGCACGAUGUGUGAAAAGGUACAUAAGCGAUUUGAAUAUAAAGAACAGAUUUGUUUGGAAGCUUCUGAAGAAGGGCAAAAUAUGUGCUAUGGAGAUUCUGGUGGUCCGGCUUUCAAGACAAUGGUGGUGAACGGGGUGAGGAGGACGUACGCAUUUGGUGUGGCUUCGUAUGUCAGACCAAACUGUAGGACUGGCGUGGUGUAUGCAAGUAUUUUGACCUUUAUAAAAAAUAUUUUGGAUUACAUUAAGAAGAAUUAGUUCAUUGGUCCAAUGAAA